UUGGUUAGAACAUGGAAACUUUUCAUCACGGUAUUCUUUGAAGUCAAGUACUUUGCACUACUUGCUGUAAGUUUGGUUCAUUUGGAUAAAAAUUUGAUAGUCUGAAUAAUAUAUGCUGUUCGGAAAGGCAACAUGUGUUGGAGAACACAGACGGCUAAUGCGGAGAAAGUGGGAUUCUGACUCAUUACAUGAAUUUUGGAUUCUUGUGCUGCCUGUGCACCCUUUGUCACGCUUCCAUUUGCUUGAAGCUGGGCCCAAAUAAUUAAUUAGUCAGGCGGGUUUAGAUUUUACUAGUUCUGAAAGGAUUAAACAUGAGUGAUCGCUCUGGAAAUCAGACGAAAAUGGAUUCCCACAAAUCCCUCAAAGUAACCCUGGAUUUCGUGAGGGACGUGGAGCAGUUGUCUGUAGAUUCGUUAAUCAGACAGGGAUCUUCCUUUCAUUCGGAUGAAAAGCUGUUGGGCAAUCUGAUGGAAUUUCUCUUCUCGGAGCAGUCGGCCGAAGAACAGGCGCUUCUGGAACGCUUCUAUUACCAGCUCCUCCGCUGUUAUCGAACAUACGAUGAGCACUUAAUCAAGUUUGUCCACCAGUUCGUGUUUUGUUUGAUAUGGCGCCAUUUCCAGGACACCAUGAAAUCCCGGCAGUAUGGCAUCACCAUUCGACCAGGACUGGAUGCCUUAUUGAUUGUGGUGUACAAUUUGAUGAUUGUUGACAACGAAGGCCAAUAUAAAACCGAGAGCUAUACCAUACCGUCCCUAGCUAAUCUCAGCCUGUAUCAUGAUCCGGCCGAAUUUACGGUGAACAUUUUGAAAGGCAGUGCGGGCGGACGAGGUCGCAGCGAGACAGAUGAAGAGCGCCGCGUGGUCAUGGAAAGCCAUCCUCCGGUGGAAAGUUUGACGCGCACAAGAAAAUGGACGGUAUUCUGCGUUCUGCUGAGGACUGUCGCGCUGGAUUUAGCGUAUUACUCACGGGCAUGCCAAAAAAGUGCUAUCAUUAUGGGUCGGUUGCUCCUGCCUGUAAGCGCGGCCAGCGCCGUCCGUGCUGAUUUGGAACUAACUAUCCGCAAGGAACCCAGACCUUUUGAUAAACUUAAUUUCAAGUCUUUUUCGGUUGGAAAAGAUAAGAACAGGAUGAGUCAAGUGGUUCAGCCCAAAACAAUUUUGGACGAACGGUUUUUGUUGGACUUUCUGGAUAUUCUGUAUAUCUUAGCUUACCAGGGAUACUUCGACGAAUCUUUGGGUCUUGUUACCGACAUCUUGGACGAAGGUGAAUAUCGUUUCCUGGCAUCAGUGGUGCUCCUGGCUAGCGCCAUAAAAAACCGCUUAGAAACCGGUAAACAAGAUCCGGACGAGUUAGAGGAAGUGCCGCCGAUUGGUGUCAGCGCAGCAGAAGAUGAGAAAGAGAAGCCAAGCCGUAAAAUCUCGCAUUCCAGCGGUUCUGUGCGAGAGAAACGUCGAAAAUCCUUUAUGUCACGUAAAGAAACAAUGGUUCCGUCUGGAUCUAAAGAUCGCGGCGGAGAUUCCGUCACCGAAGUUCCGGAGAAUGAAAACUCAUGGAGAUCGGAGACGCCUAAUGACUCGAUGAUGGAUAUAGGCGACGGGUUGCACCGGUCUGCGGAGGCCUCACCCCAGCAGUCCAAAGUUUCGCCACGAACGUUUCAGGGUAAUUCUCCCCAUUCCAGUGAAACCAUCAUCUAAUCAUUAAUGUGUCUUUGAUUUGAUAGGCUUAUUGUAAUUUACUGUGUUUGCGCUGUCCGGUGGUUAAGUGAUUCACGCCUUUGAUCUGUUUUUCAGUAUGAUUUUGGGUUUUAUAUGUACAUACAUUUGAUUUUACUGCACCACUUUCUGUUUGUAUUGUGAGCGCAUUUUUUGAGAUUUAGUUUUACUGGUCAGUACUUCGGACUUUAGUUUUACUGGUCAGUAGUUUAAUAUUUAGUUAGGUUGUUUGAUUUGUAUCCGCACCACUCCUGAAAACGUGUUUCCGUUUGGAACCAUUGAAACUUGGCAAUAAAUG